UGAGGCAGGAGAUUCCUUCCCUAUCUGGGGCACGUGUCUGUGGAUGCAGCCGUUGACUUUUCUGAUGGCCAUAGAGAACCUGCUGACCAAAACCACAGCUGAGAAGAUGGCCCUGCCCUUGAACCUCACCACAGGGAGGACUUACCCAUUCUAUGGGAUCCAGUGGCAUCCUGGCGUUAACCGUUUCCAGUGGGACCCCAACCUAAACUUCCCCCACUCCUCAGAAGCUGUACGCGAUGCCUCCUCCUUGAAUGAAGGCAGGAGAAAUUUGCAUCACACUCGACCAGCCUGAGGAAGGUGCCAUGUCGCUCAUGUACAACUUCACACCAACCUACCCUGGCAACUUCACUGGAUAAGAGCAGAUCUACUUCUGAGAUGUUGAUGUUCUGCCCUCACAACUGUACCAUUAAUCUAAAUGUUAUGGGAUGUUAUGAGAAGUUUACAAUGUGCACUAACUAUAGGCUGUGACAUGUUCAUAUCUAAACUCAGCAAAAAAAGAAACGUCCCUUUUUCAGGACCCUGUCUUUCAAGGAUAAUUCGUAAAAAUUCAAAUAACUUCACAGAUCUUCAUUGUAAAGGGUUUAACCACUGUUUCCCAUGCUUGUUCAAGAAACCAUAAACAAUUAAUGAACAUGCACCUGUGGAACGGUCGUUAAGACACUAACAGCUUAUAGACGGUAGACAAUUAAGGUCACAGUUAUGAAAACUUAGGACACUAAAGAGGCCUUUCUACUGACUGAAAAACACCAAAAGUAAGAUGCCCAGGGUCCCUGCUCAUCUGCGUGAAUGUGCCUUAGGCAUGCUGCAAGGGGGCAUGAAGACUGCAGAUGUGGCCAGGGCAAUAAAUUGCAAUGUCCAUACUGUGUGACGCCUAAGACAGAGCUACAGGGAGACAGGACAGACAGCUGAUCAUCCUCGCAGUGGAAGACCACGUCUAACAACAUCUGCACAGGAUCAGUACAUCCGAACAUGACACCUGCGGGACAGGUAUAGGAUGGCAACAACAACUUCCCGAGUUACACCAGGAACGCACAAUCCCUCCAUCAGUGCUCAGACUGUCUGCAAUAGGCUGAGAGAGGCUGGACUGAGGGCUUGUAGGCCUGUUGUAAGGCAGGUCCUCACCAGACAUCACCAGCAACAACGUCACCUUUGGGCACAAACCCACCGUCGCUGGACCAGACAGGACUGACAAAAAGUGCUCUUCACUGAUGAGCCACGGUUUUGUCUCACCAGGGGUGAUGGUCGGAUUUGCGUUUAUCGUCGAAGGAAUGAGCGUUACACCGAGGCCUGUACUCUGGAGCGGGAUCGAUUUGGAGGUGGAGGGUCCGUCAUGGUCUGGGGCGGUGUGUCACAGCAUCAUCGGACUGAGCUUGUUGUCAUUGGAGGCAAUCUCAAUGCUGUGUGUUACAGGGAAGACAUCAUCCUCCCUCAUGUGGUAGGUACCCUUCCGCAAGGCUCAUCCUGACAGCAUGACAAUGCCACCAGCCAUACUGCUCGUUCUGUGCGUGAUUUCCUGCGAGACAUGAAUGUCAGUGUUCUGCCAUGGCCAGCAAAAAGCCUUAAUCUCAAUCCCAUCGAGUACGUCUGGGACCUGUUGGAUCGGAGGGUGAGGGCUAGGGCCAUUACCCCCAGAAAUGUCCGGGAAUUUGCAGAUGCCUUGGUGAGAGUGGGAUAACAUCUCACAGCAAGAACUGACAAAUCUAUUGCAGUCCAUGAGGAGGAGAUGCACUGCAGUACUUAAUGCAGCUGGUGGCCACACCAGAUACUGACUGUUACUUUUGAUUUUGUCCCCCCUUUGUUCAGGGACACAUUAUUCAAUUUCUGUUAGUCACAUGUCUGUGGAACUUGUUCAGUUUAUGUCUCAGUUGUUAAAUCUUUUUAUGUUCAAACAAAUAUUUACACAUGUUGAGUUUGCUGAAAAUAAACGCAGUUGA